UUGUCCACAGGACGACAACUUACUAUCUUCAACAGCCAAACUACUAUACAGAUUGGAGGCUGGGAACCAGAUCGAAGUCGAUCCUUUCAGGGCCAGCUCUCUGGCCUCUACUAUAAUGGCUUAAAGGUGUUCAACAUGGCUGCUGAAGGGGAUCCAAACAUAAAGAUCCAGGGCAGUGUGCGUCUUGUUGGAGAGUCACCCUCCUCUAUCACACCACAGUCGAGCACCACAGCCAAUCGCUCAGAGACAUCCACGUCCAUCAUGGAAAUGACCACCACCACAGCAUCCAGCAGGAGAGUCAAGCAGACCACUACACCAAGAGAGCCUCAACAGACAACUGACGACUUGCUGGUGGCUUCAGCCGAGUGUCCGAGCGAUGAUGAGGACAUUGAUUCCUGUGAGCCGAGCUCAGCCAAUCCCACAGGUUCUGGGCCGAAGGGUCACCCAGGCACAUCAGAGGUCUUCCGGGAGUCCAGCAGCACUACGGGGAUGGUGGUUGGCAUCGUAGCAGCAGCUGCUCUGUGUAUUUUAAUCUUGCUUUAUGCAAUGUACAAAUAUCGAAACAGAGAUGAAGGUUCGUACCACGUAGAUGAGAGCCGCAACUACAUCAGCAACUCAGCACAAUCCAAUGGCACUAUAGUCAAAGAGAAACCUGUCAACACCACAAAGACCUCAAACAAGAACAAGAACAAUAAGGAUAAGGAGUACUAUGUGUGA